AGGCGGCAGUGCAGCACGAAUAAUUUUGACCGUAAUGCUUCACGCAUCACACGCAACAUAAAUUAUUCCCGCCUCUUUAUCAACUUCCACAAUGGCAUCAAGGUCUACAGAGUCUUGCAUCUCCAUGACGGACUCAACUACUGUCAACCCUGAUUCAAGUGGCUGUGCAAUUGCUGAUUAUGCGGAGAUUUUAGCGGUGCGUCACGGAGAAACAUCCUGGAAUGCUGAUGGAAGAAUUCAGGGACAUCUGGAUGUGGAGUUGAAUGAUAUUGGGAGACAGCAAGCAGCUGCAGUUGCUGAUCGAAUCUCAAAGGAGAUGCCAAUCUCAGCUGUGUACUCUUCGGACCUGAAACGAGCCACGGAGACUGCUCAUAUUAUUGCAAGCACAUGUGGUGUCCCCGAGAAGUUUUUUAAUAUGUUUCAGGUCAUAACAGAUCCAGAGUUGAGGGAAAGACAUCUCGGAGAUCUUCAAGGGUUGGUUUUACGGGAAGCAGCGGAAUUAAAGCCAGAUGCUUAUUUAGCAUCUUUGUCUCCAAGGACAGAUCAAGAAAUCCCAGGAGGAGGAGAAAGUUUUGAUCAACUCUAUGGCCGCUGCACAUCUUCAUUGCAGAAAAUUGGGAACAAGCAUACAGCUGCUUGUUUUACAGGAGAGAGAGUGGUGGUGGUCACUCACGGCGGAGUCAUAAGAGCAUUUCACAAGCGUUCUGCUCCGACGGAAAAUUUGCCAGGGAAGAUACAGAAUGUAUCACUGAACAUUUUCCGCUUAGCUGGAGAGGAGUGGAUGAUAAACACUUGGGGUGACACUAGCCAUGUUAGUAAAACAGGCUACCUGGAGACUGCCUUUGGCGGCGAUAAGACUUCUGGUUAGUUCGUUGGAGUCGGGCUAUGGCUGGCUAUGGAAUUGAGCAUAUUAAUAUAUGCAUGCAUUUCCACUGAUGUAAUGCAACUGUGAUUCUCCCGCUGUCCUGCAUAAUUUUCAGAACUGAAGGUUUAUUUUAUUGAUUUUCUGACUUAUUAUU